GUUUUGUUAAGCGCAUGCGCUAAGGAAUGUCUAACUUACAGCAAAAUCUUGUUCAAAAUCAUCUUAAUAUUGUAAGUGAGCAUUUGGUAGGCUAUUCGUUUUUCCAGAAAUUUUGUGAACUGGACAGUUUCUUUGAAAAAGCAAAACUUGUUAGAGAACUUGAGUAAGUAAUUUUAGUUUUAUUCCCAGUAAAGUUUUUGGUAUUGUAUUAUCGCUCAGGUAGACGAGCUAACCGGUAGAUAAUCUUGAAUGAUGUCUCAGUUUCCUCGAACAAAAAAACGUAAGAUUGAAAGUAUUCAGAGCCAAGCAUUAGCCAUAAUUACUGGUGAUUAUAUGGAAUGUAUGCAGCAUUCUUGGAAAAAUUCGCCUUCAAAGAACCAAGUGAAAAAGGAGCUCUUAGAGAUCAUAAAAGCAACAGAUCCAAAUGAUUAUCUCAUAUAUCCAGACAAAGUAAACUUAAAUGUCUCUUCUGCUUUCGAAUUUUAUUAUCAAGCGUUUAGUGCAAGAUUAAAGAAGAUACAAGUUCCAAAUGAAAGAUACUUCAAUGAUGUGCUCUUUGACUUUUUCCAGGAUUCUUUAACAACUGUAGAAGAAUUUAAUGACAAUAUUGUAAAAUUGGCUUAUUUAAUAUGCUCGAUUAAAUCAAUUGAGAAAGUUUUACAAGAACGGGGCAAAAAUCUUAGCCAAAGCUUCUUUGAUGAAGUAAUAGAACAUCAUAAUUCCUUAGAAGUCCUCUUAGCCAUCACCAUGUCUCGCAACUAUGUUGAAUAUGUUGUAAAACACUAUAAUAACAUUUUACUGAAGGAGAUUAUACUAAAAUGUAAAACUGGAGAAGAAAAUUCGCAAUUAAUUAAUAAAACUGUAAGGGAACUGCUAAAAUCAGAAAGUAAUUCUGUCAAAGAUUUUCUUAAUGUGUUCAUUAAGUCUUAUGUAGAAAAUUUGGACGAUAUCCAAAUAAGGGCUGAUAAGUUUUUUGAAAAUGUUGAUGCAAAAGAUAUGAGAACAUUGAUGAAAGGCUUUGUAACUAAUUCUUUUACUUUUGGGGAGACCGUACAUAUAAAUGAAGCUAUUAGGCGUCAAAGUUCGUGGACAAGCGAUACUUUAACAGGACAAAGGCCCUUAUGGACAAGUGUUUGUAAAUUUCUUAAUUUUGAACAUAUUUUAAGUUGUAUAGAAAAUGCUGCGAAAUGUUCAUCGGAUUUGAAUUGGAGACGAAUAUUAUACUUCUUUGAACUCGACAAUUUUGUUCAUGAAUAUGAUGUUGAAAGUAUUACUAAGAGAUUUUAUAGAUUUAUCGACAAUCUCAUUAUUAAUUCGUUUAAAGACAAAGAUGUCAUGAGAAAAAAUCAAAAUAUAGGAUUAAAAAUAGCUCUUUUCCUUGUUCGCCACGUUUCCUGUUUAGAAUUGGAUGGUAUACAUUUAUAUAGUUCCUGGUUUGAAAAUACCUUUGGGAACAACGGAAAAAUUUUGAAAAACAACUCAACUCUUCAGUGCUUCGCGAAGACAUUAAUCGAUUUGAUACCAUUUGAGGAUCCUUUCUACCUUAAAAUUCACAUCAUUAAAAAACCCACACGAGCAGGUGAUCUGUAUCAAGAAUAUAAAGAAUGUGCUCAUGCUCGAUUGAAUGACAUAAAUGAACCAAUACCUAAAACUGGCGUUAUCCUUGUCCAGCCCGGAGUGAAGAAUAAGACAAGCGAAAAAGCAAAACUUCUUUUAGAAAAUGCCCUAGAAUAUUUUAAAACAUCUGGAAAGAUAAGUGAUCAAGUUAUGCAAGCAAGCGUAUUUUCAGCACCCUUUUAUGCUAAUGAAUUUGUUACCGCACUCUUAGAACCUGGAGCCUUGUCGGAGAAAAAACUAAGAGGCGAAUUUAUUCAAAAGCUUCAUAAAGCAGGAAAACUUGAGGCACACUUUGUCGAAAAAUAUGAAAGAGCUUGUGAAGAAAAGGAAAAGAAUAAGAUUAUAGAUAUUGUGAAAAGUGAAGGCGAUGUUUUAAAUGAGAAGUUAAAUAAAAUUGAAAGUCAACUUGUGGAAUCAUCAAGACUGGGUAUAGAAGAAAUGACAACUUCUUUCCGACUCUAUGUCCAAUAUUUAAAAUUAUUAAUUGAAAAUAAGGAAGAGAAACGUCAUUUCCUUCUGUUUGAAAGAUUUGUCGAAUGUAUCUCUAAAUUGGAAACUGAUCCGUAUGACAUGAUUUGCAAUCUCUUUAUGGCCAAAACUGUCUAUAAAGCUACUGUAAAAGCUUUUAUGAAUUGGAUAAUAAAGAUUAUCAGCAAAAGUGAAAGCGAUUAUGACUCAUCUAUAAGAAAGACUAUUGGGAUAUUUGUAAAUAUUAUUCUCUCUCAACCAGAAAUCUCAAGCGAAGAAUUUUAUAACGCCUUUCUAAACCCUAUUACAUCCAUUGACCGCUGUUUCUUUCUUCUUGACAUCUUAAAUAGUUGCUUUCAAAUAUCUAUAGAUAACGUUGGAAAUUUACCGUUAUUAUUUUAUUGGUUUUGUCUAAGACUUAAAAGAAGUCAUCAGAAUCUCUUAUCAAAAUAUAAAACUGUCCGGAAAUCCAUAAAACUACAAAUGGACGUUCAACAAUGGAUAGAUUUUGAAUUUUUAAUAGAUAAAGAAAUAUUAACAGAUGAAGAUGUUUCGUUAUUUCUCAAUUUAAUUCUUCCAUCUUAUGGAAGUAUUGAUAAAGUAUUUGAAAAAGUUUUUCGUGCAGUAGUCUGUAAAAAAAGAAGACCGAAACAACAUAUUAUAGUUAUGCUACAAAAUAUCUUUUUAAGACUUCAAAUGGAUAAAUUAAAAGAUUUAGGAACGACUAAUUUGCCUUUUUUUAUUGAUUUUUUUGAUAAAACUUUAAAAAAUGUACACUCAGCAACUGUUACUGAAGAAGAGAUUUUUAUCAUUAUUUUGGACUUGUUACUGAAAAUUCUUUCACCCGAAUGGUUCAACAAUUCAAGAAUAAAAGGUGUUCAAAUCCGGGUAACAUCAGGAGAACUAUUGAAAAGCUUUUUUCAAAAAGUUAUUCGAUAUAAAUCAUCUUAUGGCUUGGAACUUGAUUUAAUCAAUUUUAUUAUUAAAUCGCCAGAUUCAUUGGCAUUAAUAGAGAGUAGCAAAAUUUUGAAAUUUUCCAUACUGGCCAGAGGAUUGUUUCAUUAUAUAAACAUUGAACAUUGGUUACACGAAGGGUGGUGUUCAACAGCAAUAUCUUAUUUUGAAGGGCAGUAUUUAUCAUCACCUCUAUGGAUACGUCUGUUUUUCUUGGAAUAUGCAAAACUAACCAUCGAUGGAGAACUUAACAACAAGAUAAAUGAUAGUAAAAUCAAAAUGGGAGUUGAUUGCAUUGAACAUACUUUUACAAAUGAUGCAUUUGUUGAUAUAAUACAACAAUUGGCCGAAAAUAAGAAAUAUGACAAUUGGUCAUUUGAGAGAAAAGUAUCUAAUUCUGAUAUUUACAUAAGUAAAUUAGUUAAAAAAUGUCAGAAUGAGAAAUAUGGUCGUUUUUACAUCGCUAAAGAAGAUAUAUCAGCAGGAGAUUUAAUCUUACAAGAAAAACCUUAUACCUCUAUUAUUGUCAAUCAACCAGAUUCGACAAAAUAUGGAGUUUGUUCUGAAUGCUUUAUACUUUGUCAGCAAACUUUUAAAUGUCCAAAAUGUGAUUUAAUUAUAUUUUGCUCGGAUGAAUGUUUAAGAGAAGGUUUAGCAAAAUAUCAUGGCUAUGAAUGUAAAUUUUACAAGCUACUUUCUAUGUGUGGAAUUGCUCAUUUAGCCAUUAGAACUCUUUUCUCCACUGAUUUUAAAUCAUUACUAAUAGAUGAUAAUCUCGAUAAACCUGCAUUGGCUAAAUACAAACAAAUUUAUGAAUUAGAACCAUCAAUGAGCUUUGAUCCUGUUGAUUCUCUUCAAUUUGCAGUUAUGGCAGAUUUAAUGACGAAUGUAGCUUUAAAAUCAAAUUGGUGUGAUGAAAAUUUUCAAAUCACGAAAAAUCACGAAAACAAAAUAUGUGGCCUUCUGUUUCGCCAUAUUUUACAGUUGAUUAAUAAUGGACAGACUGUUAGUAUAAAACAAACGUACAAUUUUGCAGUUGAAAGCGUAAAUGUUGGGAGUGCUAUUCUACCAAAUUUUGCAAUGUUUAAUCAUUCUUGCCUACCAAAUGUUAUGCAUAAUUACGAAAACGGAAAAAUAGUUGUUAGAGCUAGUACAGAUAUCAAAGCAGGUUCACAAAUUUUCAAUUGUUAUGGAGCUCAAGCGGGUCUUAUGAGCUAUCAACAGAGGAAAAAUAUUUUAUCCCAAUAUGGAUUCCAAUGCGAUUGCGAAGCAUGUUGUAAUAGAAUUGAUAUGGAUAAAAAUGCGUUUGGAAAUUAUACAUGCGAAUUCAAAACUGCCCAUUUGACGGACAGCCAAGAACUUUUGGCAUCUUUUGUAAUACAAUUUCUAUUUGUUGGAUCAAAACUUCUUUCACCUCAGCAUAAUCUGCUUGAAGAAUCACGACGAAAGAUAUAUAGUUCACCCUUAAUGACAGCUGGAGACCUAAAAUAUUUUGGUAUUCAUUUAGCUAUACAAAGUUGCGAGAGGAACGAACAAUUUUUUGGUAGACGUUCUCUAGAAUUAGCAAAUAAUUAUUUGUCAUGUUCAACAUUAGCAGCAAUGUUUAAAGACGAAGAAAUGAAUAAGAAAUUUGGAGAAAGAGCCUUAGAUAUCUUUAAGACUUUUUACGGAGAAAAAAGCGUCCAUUAUUUUACAGCAUUGAAAGCCUUAACAUUGGGUAGUCUAAUGAAGAGAUUGUAA